GGAGGGGCGGGACUUCCUGCCAAGAGGCCGAGAAGGAAAACAAGCCGUGACGUCACGAAAGGAAGGCCCAUCUGGACCCGGAAGGCCUUGUUGGCCGGAUGAGGCCUUUGGGCCGGGCUCGGCCUCCUCCCUGCCUGUCUCCUGCUGGAGGGCGAUGGAUCCCGGAGACUCGGCCGAAGAGCCCCGCUUGGACAGUCCCUUUGUGCCCGGAUCCCGCUGGCUCGGCUCCCGGGUCGUGCUGGGACACAGCUGAAGGGAUCCCCGGGGAUUAGUGGGCCUUCCUUCCGGAAGGAAGCUCCUCUUCGGCCUCCUGGCCCAGAACCCCUUGCCCUUCGCAGCGGGGCAUCAUGGGCCCAGGCGCCGCGGGGUCGGGUUGCCCUCUCCUGCCUUGGCAAAGGUCCAGGGCCCUUUCCUAGGAGGAGGGACAGGUUCCUAGAAGGCCUGCUGCCUCUCUCUCCCCUGCCAGGGACAUUGCGCAACCCUCGGCCGGGGCCUUGGGCCAGUGGAUGGGCCGCCCGGAGGGACGCACACAAGGCUCAGGCUCCUCCUCGGCUGAGCAGGUGGCCCUUCUCGGCAGGGAAAGAACGGCGCAGACGAGGACCAAGAAGCCCCGCCGGGUCGCCCGGAGACAGCCCCCUGCAGUGAGGAGACAGCCGAGGAGUGGGGAAGAGGCCCACAGGGUCCGUGAGCCCCAUUUGCCCCGAUGGCUGUGAGCCAGGAGCACUAUGGCGACUACCAUCGCCUGCCGGACUACGAAGACGACUCUCCCCCGGAGGAAGAGGAGGAGCUGCUGAUCCACGUCACGGAGGGGCUGAAGGAUUCCUGGCAUCACAUCAAAAACCUGGACAACUUCUUCACCAAGAUCUACCAUUUCCACCAGAAGAACGGCUUUGCCUGCAUGAUGCUUUCUGAUGUCUUUGAGCUGGUGCAGUUCCUGUUUGUGGUGGCCUUCACCACCUUCCUGCUCUGCUGCGUGGAGUACGACGUCCUCUUUGCCAACCGGCCCCUCAACCACACUCAGCUGGACAGGAACAAAGUGACGCUGCCGGACGCCAUCCUGCCCACCGCCCAGUGCACCCAGAGGAUCCGGUCCAGCGGCUGGCUCAUCUUCCUGCUGGCCAUGGCGGCCAUCUUCUGGCUCUACCGCCUGGUUAAGGUGCUCUGCAGCCUCCUGGGCUACUGGGAGAUCCGCGCCUUCUACACCAAGGCCCUCAAGAUCCCCUCUGCGGAGUUGUGCAACUGCAGCUGGCAGGAGGUGCAGUCGCGGCUGAUCUCGCUGCAGCGGGAGCAGCAGAUGUGCGUCCACAAGCGGGAGCUCUCUGAGCUGGACAUCCACCACCGCAUCCUGCGCUUCAAGAACUACCUGGUGGCGCUGGUCAACAAGGGCCUGCUGCCUCUGCGCUUCCGGCUGCCCCUCCUGGGCCGCGGGGUCUUCCUCACGCAGGGCCUCAAGUACAACCUGGAGCUGCUCUUCUUCUGGGGGCCCGGCUCCCUCUUCCAGGGCAAGUGGAACCUCCAGCCCCAGUACAAGCGGGCGGGGGCCCGGCUGGAACUGGCCCGCCGCCUGGCCCGCGCCAUGCUGCUCCUGGGCCUGGCCAACCUGCUGCUCUGCCCUUUCGUCCUGGUCUGGCAGGGCCUCUACGCCUUCUUCAGCUACACCGAGGUCCUCAAGCGCGAGCCCGGCAGCCUGGGCGCCCGGCGCUGGUCUCUCUACGGCCGCCUCUACCUGCGGCACUUCAACGAGCUGGACCACGAGCUGCAGGCCCGCCUCGGACGCGGCUACAAACCGGCCUCCAAGUACAUGAACUCCUUCGCCAGCCCCCUGCUCAGCACCCUGGCCAAGAACGUGGCCUUCUUCGCCGGCUCCAUCCUGGCCGUCCUCAUCGCCCUCACCGUCUACGACGAGGACGUCCUCACCGUCCAGCACAUCCUCACCGCCAUCACCCUCCUGGGCCUCGUCGUCACCGUCGCCAGGUCGUUCAUCCCGGAUGAGCACAUGGUCUGGUGCCCAGAACAGUUGCUGCAGUGUGUCUUGGCCCAUAUCCACUACAUCCCGGACCACUGGCAGGGCAACGCGCACAAGUCGGAGACACGCGAGGAGCUCUCCCAGCUGUUCCAGUACAAGGCUGUGUUCAUCUUGGAGGAGCUGCUGAGCCCCAUUGUGACGCCCUUCCUGCUCAUCUUCCCCCUCCGUGCCCGGGCCCUCGACAUCAUCGACUUCUUCCGCAACUUCUCCGUGGAGGUGGUGGGCGUCGGGGACAUCUGCUCCUUCGCCCAGUUGGACAUCCGCAACCACGGCAACCCCCAGUGGCUGUCCCAGGGCCGGGCGGAGGUCUCGGUGGUGCAGCAGCAGCAGCAGGCGGAGAACGGCAAGACGGAGCUCUCCCUGGUCCACUUUGCCAUCGCCAACCCCCGCUGGCAGCCGCCCCCGGAGAGCUCCCUCUUCAUCGGGCACCUCAAGGAGAAGGUGCAGCAGGACGCGGCCCAAGCGCCCCCCGCCCAGCGCCUCCUGGCUGAGGCUCCCCUGGGCGCCUCCUUGCUCUCCGACGAGGGGCUCGGCACCGUGCCGGAUGCUCUCUUGGCCAGCGUUUUGGCCCACCCGGUUCUCUCAGCGGCCAGCAUGGCCUCCCACUCGGAGCGGCGGCUCUUCGCUCAUCGGGGCAGCACAGCCGGGGCUGCCGCCAGCGUCCUGGCCUCCCUCUCCUGCUCUCAGCUGCACCGACGGAGCGCACCCCCCGCAGAGAACUCCGUCUUCCGCAGCGACAGCACUGUUCCCGGGGGGCGCACUGCCCCACCUGAGGUGCGCCAAGGGCCGCUGUCCCGCUCUGUGGCGCUGUCUGAGUUUGCCUCGGCCGAGAUGAGCCUCCACGCUAUUUACAUGCACGAGCUCCGGCACCAACAGCACCACCGGCCGCGAGAGGAAGGGUCUCCCCACAGCCCUCCUCAACAGUCAGCCGAAGCAGGUGAUGGCGCCAGGUCCUCGCAGCGCAUGGAUGGGGGCCUGGGGGGCUGGCAGGAAGAGGAAGCGCCUGGGAGCCAGCGGCCGGAGAGAGAGAAGAGCUAGCGCCCACCACCGCCGGGGGACCUUCCUUCCCUCUCUUGGCAAAGUUUCUGAACUGGCGACUCGUUCGUGCCGAGAGGAUUCCUCCUCCACCCUGGACGGGGCCGGAAGAUGACCCGCGGGGAUGUCCUCGGCCAGGGCUGGAGGGGUGGCGCUGCCCCUGCCCUGGGUGGACAUUGGCCUGGGAGAAGAGGCCUUGGCGGGGCGGCCUCGCUGGCUGGCGACGUGUGCCCGUCUCGCUCGGGGUGAAUAAGCUAUGGGCCGGACUGGCCCUGCCUGGUGCUACUUGUAUUUAAAGGGUCCCUGCAAUGGACAGAGGAGCCUUGGGGACCCCCAUCCCCUGGCUCCACCACCCCCCCACUGCCCCUCCCUCAACGUGUGCUUCCCCCGCCUUCCCUCUGCUGCUAAGUAGGACCCCAGCCCCUCCUCCUCCUCCCCCCAAAGCGGCUCUGAUGAUGGGAGGGAGCCUUGGGGAGGGGGAGGCGGGUUGGGGGGUGCGUUUCCAUGGGGUGCCGCUCCCAUCUCAGGACAGACAAUAAAUGUUUACAGGUGCGGCCAACAA